CGCGGCAGCCCACGAACUGUCUCGGAACUUCUCGACCUCGACUCGGCCGUCGCCGGCGCGCCGCGCCCGACGGCCGCCCGAGCUCCGCCCCGGAGAUCCGCGGCUCCGCCCCCGUCGUACAGCCGCGCUAGAAAGCCGACAGUUCCCACUGCGGUUUUCGGCACCGCAAGGGGGUGCUUAUCUAGGGUUUGAUUCCAAGCUUUCCUUCACCCCGCUCCAUGGCGGCCACCAACGCUGCGGCGGAGGCGAGGAGCGUCCUUGAACCGGCCGCAGGGUCCUCCACGGCCGUACGCCACCUCCUCUCUCUCUCUCCGGGUGUGUGAUGGAGUAAUGCAUGGCUCCAUAUCUGAUGCAGCAUGCGUUUCUGAUAUAUUCUGACUUGCCAAACAUGCAUGUAAUGGUCCCGGAUUGGGUUGGCAGGCAAGAACCAGGCAUGCAGGCUGUGAGGGAAGGGGACAAGAUCACAAAAAUGAUUCGUUCAGGCUGGUGGGGAAAUAGAUGAUGAGGGGGUAUUUUGGUCAGCUUAUAUGUACAAGGUGGUUUUGAAACUCCAAAGACAGUUAUAUUUGGGAAAAAUGUUGAAUGCUUAAUAUAGCUAUAUUCCGGGACGGAGGGAGUAUGUAGUCCAUGUUCGUUUUAAAAAAUGUAACAACUCAAGUACUCGAUACUGAAUUGAAAUUUUAGAGUUUGCAGAAUCCUAAAAGAAAACGUGGAUUGUAUAUGAUUGGCUUAUAUCUCAUCAUCUUGUGCUGUUCAGACUUGGAAAUGUCAAUUUGUUAGGCAAUGAAGUUGAACUACGUACACGAAGGAGAAGUGAGAAACAUGUAGCAAUCAAUUUUAGGACUAUGAUUUUGAUGAAUGACGAUAUUGCUAAGAAAAAGAAUUACCAUGUUCCACUUGUUAUCGUCUCUUGCAUUAUUGGCUGAAUGUCUGAAUCUAUAAAUUGCCUUGCUUUAUACUAAUGCCUAUCAUAUCGAAUCUUUAGUUUCCCAGACCACUUUACCUGCUACAGUAGCGGCCUCUUUGCUAGUCGGCCGAUCAGCCCAGAUGACGGCCCCUGGUUUUUACAGUCAUACAGUAGCUCACAGCUGGGAGGGCCUUCGAUGCACGCCACCUGCCUCAUCAGUCAUCAUGCCCAUUUGUUCCAGCGGUAUGCUGCCUUUGUAUGGAAUUCUUGUGAACUGGUGGAAAAGAUCUGCAUAAUGUUCUGUUGAGCAAUAUGGAAAUUGUACAGAAGACCCCCAGUUUUAUAUAUUGGACUGUUUCAAAUUUUUAUCAUCUAAGAAGCAAGUAGUUUUGUCAGUCUGGAUGGAGAUUGAGAAAGUUACAGCCUUGCAGUUGCAGGCAGCUCAACUACCACUUGCUGCAUGACCAUGUUUAACUACCAGUUGCACAGCUCAGGCUUUACACUAUGGAAUUCCGCACAUGGUGAUCUUGGACGCAAGCACCUCAAGGAUUGGAUAUCCUCGUCCAAACUUAUUUAUUUAUAGUCAUUUCUCAACUAUCACCAUCUGAAUCUAUCGCCUUCCACGUUAGUACCAACAUGGCAACAUGCCCAUUUGCGGUUCCAAAAUUGAUAGUUACAUAUGAUGGUUGGGCUUCUGGCCUGGACUUACAAGGAUGUCCCUUUCAAAAUACAGUUUUUACAUAGGAAAGCCAACUGCAUUCUGGCCUGGAACCCUGGACCAACUGCCAACCAACUGCAUUCUGGCCUCUAAGCUUAUGGCACGACAUGCAUGUCAAUAGCAAGCGGCCAAGCUGUACCGUUCUAUUCUAUGCUUCCUCACAAUUGUAAUGCCAGUUUGCUGCUACGUCACUACUUGGUUCUGCUUGUAGCAUAGACUUGUUCUGCGCCACGAGACACCGGCCUGCAACAGCCAGAUGGACUGAAAAUCCAAACUUGAACUUUUUGUAUUUUUGCACAGGCAAUCCAAAGUACUGAUAUUCUUCUAUAGGCUGGCACAUAAUAGUCGUAUAGGAUAUUUCAGUUUAGCUACAUAUGUGUCUCCUUGUCCCUGGCUUCUGCACCAAUGGCAAGCUACAGCUGCAAAACUGAACUUUGGUGUGUUUUUUUUUUUUUACUAACUGGAGCUCGUGAUCGAGAAAUACUAGGCUGAGAGGUUACCGCUUAGGCGCUUACGCAUUACGGUACAAAAGGCAUAUCAUUUGGAGUUUUUCCAGGGCGACCAAUCCAAAGGUGCUUGUCUACAUAUACUCGUACAUUAGCACCUCCUUACGAAGGCCAGGGGCAUCAUAUUGGUUGAGAGCUGGAGCCCGAUCAAGUGCAAGGAGUGCCACCCGUUUAGGGGACUCCAACCAAUGGCCAGCCACAGCAGGGCGUUCUCGCUCGUUGCCCUGUGCUUGCUGCUCAAGGUUGUGCUGCGGGGCACCGCAGAGACCCUCGUGCCGGCAGUGUUUGUGUUCGGGGACUCCAUGGUGGACAUUGGCAACAACAACUUCAUUGAGAAGUGCAACAUUGGCUGCAAAGCCAACUACCCGCCCUUCGGCAUUGACUACCUCAACCACACACCAACUGGCCGGUUUAGUAAUGGCUACAACUUGGCGGACCAGCUAGCUCAACUGCUUCACUUUGACGAGAGCCCACCUCCUUUCCUUUCCCUGUCGAACGCGAGCCUCAAAACCCGGAUGAGAACGGGCAUCAACUUCGCGUCAGGAGGGUCGGGGCUCCUCAUUGCCACCGGCAAUGGACCAUGUACGCAAGUAUUUUCCAUGACUGAGCAGGUUAGGAACUUCACAAUGCUUGCUAGAAAGUGGGGCCGUGCUGAUCUCAUGUCCAAAUCCCUCAUUUUCAUCAACACUGGCAGCAAUGACCUGUUUGAGUACACCUUCUCAGACCAUAACUGUAGCCGUAACGACACAGAAUUCUUGCAAAGCCUCGUGGCCUCCUACAGGAGCUUUCUAAUGGACUUGUAUGGUGCGGGGGCAAAGAAAUUUAGCGUGGUGAGCCCAUCACUGGUGGGGUGUUGUCCCUCGCAGAGGGCGAUAGCUCAUGAUCCCAAGAAUCCCAGGGAUGUCGACAAGUUUGGCUGCUUCGCUGCGGCGAACAACCUCUCCUGGCAGCUGUACCCCAUGAUCGCCACCAUGCUGCACGACCUAUGCCUAGAGCUGCCCGGCAUGAACUACUCCCUUGUGGACUCGAUCAAGAUAGUUGAAUGGGUCUUCUACAACACUGUCAUACCUAAUUACAACUUCACGGUGCUGGACAUGGCGUGCUGUGGUGGAGGGCCGUUUGGCGCUGAUGGGUGUAACUCCUCGGCUACCCUGUGCCAGAACCGCAACAACCACCUGUUCUGGGACGACUACCAUCCGACCACCGCCGCGACGGGGGUUGCUGCGAAGCUGGUAUUUGACGACACUACUGGGCUCUUCGUCCACCCCAUCAACCUGCAGCAACUGAUCGAGCUGUAGAGAGUAUUUGAAAUUGCUUUAUUUACAGCAGACAUGGAAGAACUAUAUUAAGAUGCGCCAUGAUUCAUAUAUGCGUGCGUGAUGAAUAAUGAUGAAGAAUGUGUUUGUACUGAAUUGAGCUGAGAUCACAUGAGCAUAUUUGUUUGUUGUGUAUGUUUAUGAUUUAAUCCUAAUCUGAGUU